AGCAAAUCAGGGCUGUAGGUUUAGAAAAAUAACACAGUAUUAGCGAAAUAUAAAUGAUAUGAACACCUUAUUUUGUCUGUAUUACGCCGAAGAUGUCUUGCCUAGGUUAGGGAGGGGAGAACAUUGUCUCGGCUUUCUGUUGAAGAAUCGUAGAUUGGUGAGGUGGUGCGGCCGAAUGCCAUAGGACAGGACAGGUGCGGCCCCAAACAUCGAGAAAAACACACCAGCGUGAUGAAGAGGGCAUGCGGCUUUGUUGUUUUUCGAUGGAUGAAUGGUCAGCUGGAGUAUUUACUUCUGCAAGCUUCUAAUGGAGUCCACCACUGGACACCGCCAAAAGGUCAUGUAGAUCCAGGGGAAGAAGACUUAACAACUGCAUUCAGAGAAACAGAGGAAGAGGCAGGGCUGAAGUCAACCCAGCUGAAAGUUCUGAAUGGUUUUCAGAGUAAGAUAAGUUACACGGCGUGGGGUCGCCCGAAGGAGUCGGUGUACUACCUGGCCGAGCUGCGCGACGCCGGCGCACCGGUGCUGAUCUCGGAGGAGCACUCCGACUGGUGCUGGGCGCCCGUGGAGCGGGCCUGCCACCUCGUCAGCUAUGCCGAGAUGCAGGGCGUGCUGAGGGAGGCCGAGCGCUUUGUGACCGGCGCCGCGCCCGACGCUCGGGGCUGAGCUGGAGGCGGGAGGGGGCGGCCCCCAGGCGGCCC